UGCGCAAGUGUUCGGCUGCAUUUUACUUCACUCUAGGUUUCAUAUCUCUCUGUACAACUGAAGCAUCCGCAGAAUCCUGUACCUGCCAAGCAUUGUCAGAGAAAGAUCAGUGUAACAAAGAAGGUGUCCAUGAUUUGAGAUGCUUCAUAAAGUAUAAAAAAACUCAACCGAUGUCCAUUUGUGAAUGGAAGCAAGGAGGCAACAUUUCAACCUCAUACAAAUUCUACACUCAAAUUAGAAGUAAAUGCAGUUGUGGAUCUCCACACCAGAAAAAUGCAACUUGGACUUCCAAUGAAUUUCCUUUCAGUAUUAAGUAUAACAUCACAGCUCACGUGAUUGGAAAGAGGGAAAAUCUAAGCUGUAUCUACAAAAAUUUCAGUGGAAUACCAUCACAGAUGACACUAUGUGGGCCUCAUUCAAAUGUCACUUUUAAAAGAAGCUCAGGCCAUCUUACUCUUAUGGUUGAAUGGGGAGAUGAAAGUAAUAACAUCGAAAACUUCCACGUAAAGUACAGAGAGUUCAACUCUACAAAUUGGAAGGAGCAACUGUCUGGAAACAACAGAGAAUGUGUGUUGUGGAACACAACAUCUUCUCUGUCAUAUGAGUUGCAAAUACAGUGCAUUCCCACUGCAAAAUGUGCACAGUGUUCACUCAGUGAGAUCAUGAUGGUCCCACCGGAACUCACAGAUAUACCAUCGAUCCAGUGGGAGAUUCAAGACCAUAUUGCAGAUGGCCAUGAGGUCAAGACUAUAGCUGGACAGAGAAAAGUGGUUGUCAUGUGGAAGUAUCCGAACAGCGAGGCUGUGGCUUACUACAAUGUGACGGUGAGGAAAGAAUCGGGGGAAACCAGCAGUCAAACCAGCAGUUUCAAGGUUAAAAAUCCAUCUCUCAUCCUGAUCUUGUCUUAUUCUGCAUACAACAUCAGCAUCAGGGCUUUUAACAAUGCUGGAUCAUCUCCUGUUUCCAGUAUAAUCAUUGAACGAAUGGAUGAGUGGCAAGAUUCAUUUGGGCCAUUCAGUGUGAACAUUACGAGCAACAACAGUUUCAGCCUGUCUUGGAACAGCUCCGUCUCAAGUGUGUGUUACUCUGUGGAGUGGUGGGCCAAAGGACAGAUACCUGCUUUCCAGCCAUUCUACAUUAAGGGGAACCACAAAGAAAUAACUGCCAUAACCAAGAACACUUUUCAGCCCUAUACAAGAUAUUAUUUCUUCUUGCACACCAGACCAGACCAAGACACCUGCAACAUGAAGGUUGUGAACAACAGUGAGACAACCUAUGGCAGAACCCAAGCUUAUCUCACUGAAGGAAGUCCUAUUCGUGCUCCUGGGAAUGUGAGCAUUUUGAAUAUUACUCAGCAUUCGGCAGUGAUAACAUGGAGCCCUGUGUCCGAGGAAGACCUGUGUGGAUUCUUAAAAGGCUACUACAUCUAUUACUGGAACACAGAGGACAUAAGUGAAACAUCCAUCGAAGUGAAUCUCAGCAUAAACAGUCAUGAGCUGCUGAAUCUGGAAAGCAGCAGUGCAUAUAGAGUGGAGCUGUCUGCAUUUACAGUGGCAGGAGAAGGAGAACGCAGUGAUGUUAAGCACUUUGUCACAGAUCAGCCUGAUUUGACAGUUUUGAAUGGCAUUAUAGCUGCGAUCAUUGUGGGAAUACUAAUUCUUCUAAUAGCGGUUCAUGUCAGCUGUCGGAUUCUGCACCGAGCCAAGAAACUGCUCUGGCCUAGUAUACCAGAUCCAGAGAAGAGCAAUGCUGUUCAAAAAAUUGAAAUUACCUAUGAACUGAGUCUCCUGGAGCCGUUGACCAGACAAAGGUUAGAGGAAAGUGAGGGCUGUGAUCCCCGUACAGUGUGCUUCAUUGAGAACAAGGGUUAUGCAUUUUCAUUCAGAAGUCCUUCCCCUUCUCAAGCUGGUGUGAAGCUUCAUCUCAGUGAAGACGAGGACAGCCUUUCCACCAUGAGUGAGAUCGAACCUCCAGAUACACCAACACAAGUCCCCACCAGAGAAUCUGUUUCUACAGAGACCUUCCCUCUGGACUUCAGAAAAACAGACUGCACUUUUAGCAAUUCUGUUGACAAUGAAGUCAUAAGCUUAGAAAGUAAAGACCCUGGAGAGACCAUAACAGGUUCAGACUUCACUCCCGCAACUUCCAAAACGCCUGCUGUGGCUUUCAUGAGCGAUUACACCACCAUGGAGAUCUUCAAGCAGGUCACUAUGAAGGGUAUUCAGAGUCCAUCCAUUCAAACAGUAAAACCAAGUUUUGUUGCUGGACAUCAAGGACAGGAUUACAUUCGACAGUCUGUUUUGCAAUAAGUAAACAGUCUAGCAACCCUGAUGGAUGUAACGGAACUAAAGUUUUUAAUGCAGCUUCAGCCACAGUGAUUAUUUGACAAUCCCUCUGGGGUUAAGAGCCUCAUUUAUUGGCUCCAGAGCAGGGCCUUCAUUUUCCUGUUACAACUGAACUUUAGUUACUCAACAUCUCCCACAAUGGGAGAUAUAUGUUGAAUGUUCACAUUUGUUCACAAGUGUUAGUACUGACUACUGUUUUUUGCUUAGAUCAAUUUAUUUUCUGUGUUUUGAAACAUGUCAUUAUUCAACUUAAGGUGCAUUUUAAAUACUAAAGUAGGUUAACUAGUCAAGUUAGGAUAUUGAGGCAAGGUAUUUACCGACAGUGGUUUCUUAUGUCGACAAUCGGGGGAAAAAAUCUUCAGGAGCCUAAUAAUAUUAACCUUAAAAUUGUUUAAAAAUGUUAAAUCUGCUUUUAUUCCAAACAAACUAAAAGUAAUAAUACUUUUCUCUUUCAACAUUUCCUUGCUCUGUUAAACAGCAAUUGGGAAUAUACAGUUGAAGUCAGAAUUUUUCAGCCCCCUUUUGAUUUUUUAUUUAUUUUUUUUAAAUAUUUCCCAAAUGAUGUUUAACAGAGCAAUGAAAUUUUCACAGUAUGUCUAAUAAUAUUUUUUCUUCUGGAAAAAGUCUUAUUUGUGUGAUUUCGGCUAGAAUAAAAGGAGAAUUAAUUUUUUAAACACCAUUUUAAGGUCAAAAUUAAUAGUCCCUUUAAGCUAUUUUUUUUCCGAUAGUCUACGGAACAAACCAUCGUCAUACAUUAACUUGCCUAAUUACCCUAACCUGCCUAGUUAACCUAAUUAACCUAGUUAAGCCUUUAAUGUCACUUUAAGCUGUAUGGAAGUGUCUUGAAAAAUAUCUAGUCAAAUAUUAUUUACUGUCAUCAUGGCAAAGAUGAAAUAAAUCAGUUAUUAGAGAUAUUAAAAGUUAUUAAAAGUUAUUUAAAGAGUUAUUAAAACUAUUAUGUUUAGAAAUGUGUUGAAAAUAUUUAUCUUUGUUAAACAGAAAUUUGGGGAAAAAUAAACAGGAAGGCGAAUAAUUCAGGAGGGCUAAUAAUUCUGACUUCAACUGUAUAUAUUUAUACAACAGUUUUGUCUGGUUCUCGAAUAUGAUUGGCUGAUACCAGUGCAAUAUUUUGCAAUAUCAGAACUCGUACAGCCUCCUCAUGCUUGUGUAUUACUCCACCCACAUAGAGCGACAGCAGAUCAAUAAACUCACUACAGUUUGACAAAUAUUGCAGCUGUUGGACAACAUAAUGUACUUGAGGCUUUUUUAGGCGAGAAUGUAGUUAUGUAAAAGUUAUGUAACUACGCAGUUAUGUAAUUAUGCAGUUUAUUUAUAAGGAUAGUGCCAAUUUUAAAUAUAUAUAAUUUCUGAGAUACAGCACGUCAGCACAUCAGCCUGUCAUUGAGCAGAGCAAAGAUGGUUGACGUUGUCCAUCUACAAGAUGGCGACAGAGACCACAUAUAGUAAUUAGCUCUUAAAGAAAUUAAGUGUAUUUUCCAACUACAGCUGAUCAAAACAUUUUUAAACUGGUGAGUGACAUUCUAAAUCGAUCUCUCUCUUGUUUAUGUUGUAGUGCUGCAUUUAUACCAUUGUAAUAUAGUGUAUUGAGUUUAAGAUUGGACUCACAUAUCAGCAAUGUAUGUGUUUUGUGUUGGCCACUCUUUGUAUGACCCUACUGUGUUACCUUUUGGUUGGCCAUCUGUUUGUUUCUAAUGAACUCCUCUUUCCGUUACUGCAGACUAGUUCAGUAAAAAGAAAGAAAGAGGAA